AUGUUCAAUGGGAACGCCAGCACGGUUGGCCCUUUCAUUGAUAGCAGCGACGGGGAUAGAGUCUGUUAUGGAAUGCUAUACAAACACGACGUCAAGCUCGUCUCCAAGAACAUGCACUCGCUUGCCAUGAAACUAACCCAGCUUGCACAAAACGACCCAAGUCAUGUUCAGAAGUUCACGCUGACAUCCAAGCCUGUCCAUAUACUCCUCUCGCUUCCUGACGGUACCGAGUUUGGCUUUCUUCGUCACAACAUGACAGAAGCUCUAGAGUCACUUCUGUGCGAGAGCCCAGCUGUUCAACUCGAGGCUCUUGGCCUUACCUCUCACCUUUGCCAGCAGAUGAGCCAUGCAACCAAACCCGACGAAGCACUUGUCCAGGUCAACAUCAACAUAUAUGGGCCGCCCGGCCGUGCCAAUGACAUUGGCGAGACCCUGUCCAACCAGAAACUUUGGCUACAGAAGCCCGAUCAUCUCAAGGCCAACCUUCCAUACCAUAAUCCCCACACCUUGGCAUUUCCCGAGUUACAAGGUGAGCUAGAAGAGGAAGAUAUCACGCGCAUUACCUCGGCAACGACAAGGCCGGUAGUUGAGGAGGAGCGCCUGAGGAACCUCGUUACGUCGGUCCACAACUCACUGAGCCGGGCAAACGAACUCGAGGACGAGGCCGGCGAUCAGAGACUGAAGACGAAGCUUUUGAAGCACCAGAAAGGCUCACUGUCGUUUAUGCUGCAGCGAGAGUCGGGUAACAUACCUGACAAGUACCGCCUAUGGCAGAAAGGGGUUGUCCGUGGCCAGGAGACGUACAUCCACCGCAUCACAAAAACCCAGUCGCUCAUGCGCCCCGAGGAGGUGGGAGGGGGUGUGCUGGCCGACGAAAUGGGAAUGGGAAAGUCGCUGUCGACUCUCGCACUCAUCUUGCAGACGUUGGUCGUCGGCCAUGAGUGGGCCGAAAAGAGGCGAGCUGAAGAACACAGCAGCGGAAAAGCAAGACGCCACUCCCACUCAACCCUGGUCAUUGUACCCUCUGCAUUGUUGAUCAACAACUGGAUGAAUGAGAUUCAAGUGCACGCCGGUGACGUUCUGACAACUGUCAAGUACCACGGCCAGACGAGGCCUAAACACCUCGACAUCUUGGAAAAGUCUGAUGUAAUUAUCACCACUUACAACACACUAGCCGCCGAAUACGCACAAAAGAAGUCGCUUCUUCACAAGAUAAAUUGGUAUCGUGUUGUACUAGAUGAAGCGCAUAUCAUCCGGCGGCCCACAACCACGUUCCACAGAACGUGCGCAGACCUUGAAGCGCGGUCGCGGUGGUGUUUGACAGGGACGCCCAUCCAAAACCGACUCGACGACAUUGGGGCGCUGUUCGCAUUUCUGGGAACAGAGCAAUUCAAGAGUCUGACGCAGUUCCGACGCUUCAUCUCGACUCCCUUCGACCAAGGGGAGGGGGCAGUGGUGCGGGAUCGUCUAGUCAUGCUGUACGAUUCGCUGGUGCUGCGGCGAACCAAGGACAUUCUCGACUUGCCGCGCCACGUCGAGCGCACGCGCGAGCUGGCCCUCACCGAAGCCGAGCGCCGACAGUACCAGCGCACCAUGAACAUCCUGCAGCGCCACAUGCUGGCGCAGGUCGGCCGCCAUCCCGAUGACGACGCGCCCACUCAUUUCAACCCGCGCCUGCAAAAAUCCUUCGGGAGAGACGGCACGAGCGCCAACACCAGCAGCAACGCAAGCCCUAAUAGUAAGUUCGGUCUGUUUCAGACGCAGCUGCAGCUGCGAAUUCUGUGCAACCACGGUACCUUCCAGCGGCCCUUCUCGUGGAAAAAGCGCGACCUCAAAGAUGAGCAGGCGGCGGGCCGCGAGGCCUUUGCGGCCGAGCUGGGACUCGGCUCCGAGAUUAUGUGCGAUGCCUGCCGGCAGCACCGGCCCAUCCUCGGGUCGACACACCUCGGCCCCGGCAGCUGCUUCGUCGAGAACUGCACCCACUCGCUAUGCUCCGAGUGUCUCGAGGACUGCAGCAACAUGCCGGGGCUCGAGGACACACGCCACUGUCCUCUGUGCAGGCGGUUGGGAAGAGGUGAGGCCGCUGCCCCUGCCGCAAUGCAGGCACCAUUGCGAACACACGACGACGGAGAUGCGGAGAUGCUUGACGGGCAGCAGCCGGGCGAGGAAGCCGUCGCUGACGGCGAAGACCCUGAGGAGAACUCGCACCACAAGGACUACUUCAACCCCACGGGAUACUCGACCAAGAUGGCGCAGCUGGUCAACGAUGUGAAGGAGGGCUUGGAGAGCUCAAAGAGCAUCAUCUUCUCGUGUUGGACGCGUACGCUCGACCUUAUAGCCCGCCACCUACGGACCGAAAGGAUCGUCUUCCUGCGUAUUGAUGGUGACUGCCUGCUUUCAAAGCGGCAGCGCAUCAUAGAUCGCUUCGCGAGCGACAGGGGCGUGCAGGUCCUCCUCAUGACCACCGGGACGGGCGCGUUCGGACUAAACCUCACGGCAGCAAACCGCAUCUUCCUUGUCGAGCCACAGUGGAACCCAAGCGUCGAGAACCAGGCCAUUGCACGUGCCAUCCGCAUCAAGCAGGUCAAGGAGGUCCAGGUGACGCGGUACGUGAUCAAGGACACGGUCGAGAAGGAGAUGCGGUCCCAGCAGAUUGUGAAGCAGCUUGCCGCCAGCGUCGGGUUCAAGAGGGACGGAGCGGCGGCUUGA